GGCAACCUUGCUCACACCAGGUCCCACCUGCCAGCUGUGUACACACUUCUGAUCUUCUGAGCUCUUCAGCACCAAAGACAAUGGUUCAGGCUAAGAUUUGGACUCUUCGCCAGCACUUUGUGGGAUUUCCUAAGGACAGUGACUUCGAACUAAAAGAAGAGAAUCUUCCAGAACCUGGAGAUGGAGAGCUUCUGCUGGAGGCUGUCUUCCUUAGUGUGGAUCCGUAUAUGAGGCCGUACAGCCAAACUCGCAUGAAGGAAGGAGAUACGAUGAUCGGAACACAAGUGUCCAAGGUGGUCCAGAGCAGAAACCCUAAAUACCCUGUGGGCACCUACGUGGUUGCAAACUGUGGCUGGAGGACACACACUCUGUCUGAUGGCUCUGACCUCAGUCUGAUUCGCUCUGAGUGGCCGAAGGAGCUGCCGCUGUCUCUGGCUCUCGGGACCAUCGGCAUGCCGGGACUGACUGCUCUUUAUGGUCUUGAGGAGGUCUGUGAGAUUAAAGCAGGAGAAACCCUUCUGGUUAACGCCGCAGCUGGAGCAGUGGGCUCUGUGGUCGGACAAAUCGCCAAAAUCAAGGGCUGCAGGGUGGUGGGCUGUGCAGGCUCGGAUGAUAAGGUCUCCUACCUCAAGGAGCUCGGCUUUGACUCUGCCUUCAACUACAAGACCGUCGUCUCGCUGAAGGACACACUGCUAGAGGCAGCGCCACAAGGGUACGAUUGCUUCUUUGACAAUGUAGGUGGGGAGUUCAGCAGUGUCGCUCUGCCACAGAUGAGACCGUUGGGUCGGAUCGCUGUGUGUGGGAGCAUCGCUACGUACAAUGACACCACAUUACAAACAGGGCCGUACGUUCACACACAUAUGAUCUUUAAGCAGCUGCGUAUGGAAGGGUUUCUGGUGUAUCGAUGGAAGAACAAAGACCACGACUCAAUCAGGAGACUCCUGGACUGGGUGAAAGAGGGGAAGCUUCAGGUGAGAGAACACGUGACUGAAGGCUUUAACAACAUGCCUGCUGCAUUCAUGGCCAUGCUAAAGGGAGCCAACACUGGCAAAGCUAUAAUCAAAAUCUGAUUACGCUCCGUGCGUUCACAAAUCACUCUACAAUAAAUCAAUCAAAAUUUAGUCUUUUUUUAUAAUUUUAUCAGCAAUAAUAUUCAGGAGCAGCACAACGUUGUAGUGUGUAUCACUGACAUCACACAGCGCCCAUCGGUCUCCGAGCCUAAACUCAGGAAAUGUUAAAGUAGAAAAACAAAUGUAUAGUUUAAUUAGUAAAAGUUUAUUUUGUUGAUAAGGAACGUCAGGGGAGAUUGGACAGACUGGACAACACACACACACACACACACACACACAUUACUGGUCCAUAUUGAGUCCAAAAACGUGCUGCGGUCAGAAUCACUCAGAUCUCACUUCUGCUCAUUCUGAUGUUUAACUGAAGAACAUUAACAUGUUAUAAAGUGUUUGUAUCCACAUGAUAAUAGAUUGCAUCACCAUCAACUUAUUGACUGAGUGAAUAAUUGCAUUAAUUAUCAAAGUUGCGAGGUUUUUUUGUCAAACAAUAAAACUGAUUCACUUUUGAGUUUA